AUGGGCGCCCAACAUGAUAAAAUGGAAGUAGGGGAUCUCAAACAAGAAGCCAACCGUGCUAGUCCUGUCAAUAUAAUAGUUUCUCCUGAUGGUAUGAUGUACGAUUAUUUAAACUUACCUGGAAGGGUAAUAAUAAAUGAAGAAGUUGGAGCCAGCGGAGAAAGUCUAUCUACUAGAAAGCCAGUUAAGAUUGAAAAACUAUACGAAUACGUUUCUGCACUUAGGAGCAACUCAUUUAAAUUCCUGUUGAGAGAAUACGAAGAGUUAUGCGAGAUAAGUCCCCAAUGCCCUCAAACAGUGGGCUUGUCAGAAAUAAACCAAUCCAAAAAUAGAUAUGGCAACAUAGUUCCCUUUGAUCACUCCAGGGUGAGACUCAAGCCCAUGAUGGGUAAGGAGUCAGAUUAUAUCAAUGCCAAUUUUAUUCCUGGUUAUAAAAAUGCGCGGGCUUAUAUAGCUUCACAAGCACCGUUACCAAUGACGGUUAAUGAUCAUUGGAGAAUGAUAUGGCAACAAAGAAUAUGCAUUAUUGUAAUGAUAACUGGUCUUGUCGAAAGAGGGCGGCGCAAAUGCGAGUUGUAUUGGCCAAAACCCGGGUUUCCCAUUAAAUAUGGUUUAGUCGAAGUCACGAAUAUUAAAGAAGAGGUGCGUUUGGAUUAUUUGGUACGAAUAUUGAGAGUCAAAAUAGGCAGAGAGAAGAGCCCUAAAAGUCGACAUCCUAUCUUGAUACAUUGUAGCGCAGGGGUAGGCCGGACUGGUACUUAUGUAGCUAUCGAUCGAUUAAUACAAGAAAUUCAAGCUAAACAUAGGAAUGUAGACAUUUUUAACACGGUUUAUGAUAUUCGCAAAAGUCGUUCGAUGAUGGUUCAAACCGUAAGGCAAUACAUGUUUAUUUACGAUUUCCAUUUGGACGCCUGGCAAAUCGAGGGAGACCCAGAAGGUUUCAAAAAUAGGAAAAUGGUAGAACGGCAAAAAGAAUUGGACAGUAAAUACAAGGAGUUGACUAGUAAAGACGAUUUGAUGGUAGAACAGAAGGCCACCUACGAUUUGUAUGAACUAUUUCUAAUGGCUGCAUGUUGUUGUUGCCCUUUUCUGUUUGAUAAAAAUUAA